UAAAGAGACAGAGACGGAGUGUGACAAGGACAGGCGAAGAAGAAGACACAGGUUCACCGCAGCCGCGAGCAUGUCGACGGUAGAAGGAGCCAGGCAGCGGGAGGAAGGGGACUACGGAAGGGCGGCAAAGCGGCUGAAAACAGAGGAAAGGGAGACGGAGGAGAGAGAGGAGGGGGAGGAGGAGCUGGAGGAGGGGGAGGACUCGGACACGGGCUCGCUGACCGGUAACGGAGAGUCAGCUGUAGACAACCGGGCCCGGUGGAGUGCCAACCAGUACGGAGCAGGACGGAGGGAUAACGGUGAGGACUCCCAUCGCAUCUCUCCAAGUCCCGUAGUCCACGUCAGGGGUCUGUGUGAGGCCGUGGUAGAAGCUGAUCUGAUAGAUGCCCUGGAGAAGUUUGGACCCAUAUGUUAUGUGAUGAUGAUGCCGUUCAAGCGUCAGGCUUUAGUAGAGUUCUCUGCAGUGGAAAGUGCUGACCGCUGUGUGUCCUGUGGAGCCAAGGAGCCCGUAUACAUUGCAGGCCAACAGGCAUACUUCAAUUACUCCACAUCCAAAAGAAUCACCAGGCCGACCAACGCUGAUAACCCCAACAGUGGAAACAAAGUCCUUCUGCUGUCCAUACAGAAUCCACUGUACCCUAUAACCACGGAUGUUUUGUACACAGUGUGUAACCCUAUCGGCAGUGUGCUGAGGAUCGUCAUCUUUAAACGAAAUGGAAUCCAGGCCAUGGUGGAAUUUGAGUCCAUUCAGUGUGCUCAGAAGGCCAAAGCUGCUCUGAACGGAGCUGACAUCUACGCUGGCUGCUGUACACUCAAGAUUGAAUAUGCAAGGCCUACACGCCUGAAUGUGAUUAAGAAUGACAACGAGAGCUGGGACUACACUAAACCAUACCUGGUCAGACGAGAUCGAGGAAAGGGCAGGCAGAGACAGGCCAUUUUAGGAGAACACCCGUCAUCCUACAGUGAUAACGGCUAUGGUCCACCCUGCCCUCUACUGCCUCUGCCCGGCAACAGCAGGUACAAGCUCACCUCAGUGGAUGUUCCAGACAUGGUGUCCUACCCUCUGCCCCAGUCAUCCUCCUCCUACUCUGGCCAUGCCCCCAGUUCUGUUGCCAUGGUGAGCGGCCUGCAUCCGUCCAAGAUGAACUGCACGCGUAUCUUCAACCUCUUCUGUCUUUACGGCAACAUUGAGAAGGUUAAGUUCAUGAAGAGUGUUCCUGGUACUGCACUGGUUGAGAUGGGAGAUGAGUAUGCUGUAGAUAGAGCCAUCACACACCUCAACAGCAUUAAAGUGUUCGGAAAGAGACUCAAUGUUUGUGUAUCAAAGCAGCAUGCAGUGAUCCCCAGUCAGGUGUUUGAGUUGGAGGAUGGCAGCAGCAGCUAUAAAGACUUCGCCAUGACUAGGAACAACCGCUUCAGCAGUGCUGGACAGGCUUCCAAAAACAUCAUCCAGCCUCCCUCUGCAGUGUUACAUUACUACAACGUCCCUCCGUGUGUAUCACAGGACCAUUUACUGAGGCUGUGUACAGAGAAUGAUGUGCCUGGCUUUGUCAAAUUCAAGAUGUUUGAUGCCAAACCCUCUUCUAAGACCAUUUCUGGCCUGUUGGAGUUUGAUAGUAAGACGGAGGCUGUGGAGGUUCUUACUGUUCUUAAUCAUUACCAGAUCAGGAUACCAAAUGGGUCCAAUCCAUACACCCUGAAACUGUGUUUCUCCACCUCAUCUCAUCUAUAAAAGAGGAAGAGCACUGGAAAAUCUGCUGAGCCUGACGACGGCUGACCUCUGAUCUGAGAGGGAGCGAGGGACCAUGAGAGACAGACACAAAGAUGAGUGAAGGUGUAACAAAGAAAAGCAAGUAUGAAAGAACUAGUGAAGGAGAAAGAUAAGAAGAGUUGUUAAAGAAGAAGAAAGGAGGAGAAAGAAGACUGUAUCAGUGUCUCCAAACCGAACAUAACACGCACCCUUCAUCCCACUCUCCAAUCACAACGUACCAGGCUGACAGACUGAAAGCUGAAGAACUGAGACUCUUUGUAAUGUGUUUACAUUUUCAGGGAGAGGGGUCCACUAUUGGUGGAGAUUAUAAUGCGGUGACCUCCCAGAAGUAAUCACUGGGGAACCGGUCUUGAGUCUGGAGACAGAGACUCUGAUGGACUCGUUUUAGUCUCAGCCACCAGUCAAAUCAAAUCAUUAUCUCUGUGCAUGGCACAAAUAGACAAAUCUAAUGUGUUGUUUUGAAUUUACUGUUAAUAUGUGUGAGUUUGAACCCUGGUCAAGGCUUUUGGUCUGUAAGAAGUGGGACCUACAAAGACGAGAGUGUCGCUCCGCUCUUUUAUGAAGCACUUUAGCUGAGAGUGACAUAUCCCAGAUGCCGUCCGGAUCCUUAGUUUGCAUUGGAUAUUUCUGGUUCCUAGAAGGAGACUAAACUUGUUUGCAACCCUCUAACCUAACUGGGUGCUGGCAUAAGGUCACAUUUUUCAGCCAACGCAUCAGUGUGGGAAACUUACAUGAUUUUGAUUUAUAUGUUGAAGUGUACAAAUCCUUUUGUUUGAAAACAAGCAACUGUUUUUAUUUCUCAUCACCACCACCUAUUUUAUCCCAGCCAAAAGAACGAUCAGACUCAGAAGGGCAGGUUGUCAUGACUUUUAAUUUGCACAUUUGUUGCUCUCAGAGGACAGCCUCUCUUUAUUUCAUUAUCUUGCCUUAAGUGCCAACGUAAUACCAAAACAUUCAUUUUGCAUGUAUGUUUUAGGUGGUAGAUUUUUCUUUACAGCUGCACAGUUUUAUUCAUGUAUCUAAAGAGGACAACGAACGCCACUUCAGAGAUUUUUCAGCCCUGCCUAGAACAAGGAUAAGCAAGGUUUCUCAGUUAUAAUGUUAAUCUAAAGGGGCUGCUAACUGGAUAUUUAACUUUGAGGCUUCUUGUUUGACUACAAAAGUACCACAUGUUAUUUGCAGAAUACAUACAUGCAGUGUAGUGACGGUUAUUGAGGGUGAGGUUAAGAUAAAAGGGUAAUCCUUGCACUAAACUUACUGAUAGUUUGAGCAUUUCAUUCAGCACUAUGUUAUUUUUAAAAGGUCUAUCUUCAAGGUCUUUGGACAAACUUUAUUGACUUGAGAAUUUAACUGUUUUAUCUUCUGUUAUUGUCUAUAUAUAGGAAUGCUAUAGUAUAUUAUAAAUAUCCAAUAGUGUAAUGUAACUGGUAAGGUUACUGUGAUUUUAACUUAUUUAGCAUUCCCCUCAGUUUUCAUAAUGAUAAAAUCCAUGCUGGUUCUCUGUCACUUAGUGUGGUUUAAGUAUGUUUCUUUUAUUUAAUUUAAGGUUCAGGUUAUGCUAUGCCUGCGAUGAGAUUUUAAAGGUCACAUAUUUUACCCUUUUAAGACAAGUUUAUAUCGAUCUCAGAGGUCCCCCAAAAUAUGCCUGUGAAGUCUGUUGCUGAAAAACCACUCCAGUAUUGGAUUUUUAAAAUGAUUUUUGCGUAAUAUGUGACCUUUAAGAUUUGUCCAAAUUUUCAGAACGGUCAGCAGAAUAUCAAAAACACAGCCUCUCAACAUGAUGCCAACAGAUUUGUGUCACUUUAGCGUUUCACUGAUAAAAAAUAUGGAGCUGCUGAGUAACCAGCCGAUGUUCCAGUCCACACAGGCACGCUCAAACUUCAUUUUUAAAGACAGGUGCAUUAGGAGAUAUAUUGCAGUAGUUUAAAACAACAACAGCGGUUCAUGUGGGGGCGUAGAGGUUUCCUCUGCAUCAUUCUGCUCUUUGCUAAUUCCAGGUUUUCACUUUGUAUGGCUGACCAGCUGCAACCUGUCUGCAUGAUUCUUCCCCCAGUCAGUGGACAUCAUUAUUUGUUGUUGAUGGAAUAGAAAUAUACCAUUUGCUGAAUCAGAUUACUUCCUGUCAUUACUGUUAAGAUACUGCUUGUUGAUUUGUUUAGAUCAAAAACAGAGCCAUCUAUCCGUGACAAGUCAAGCACCUGAAUAUGAGCUUGGGCUCAGCAUGAUUUAAUGGCGUCUGUCUGUGAAAACAGUCAGUGUGCCAGAAGCUUUGGCUAAACAGGUGGAUCUGACUCAUCAGCUUUGCAGCAUUGCUUUUAGAUCUUGUAAGGUGGAUUUUUUUAUCCUAGCUUCCUUGAUAUCAUGUUAUUUUUUUCACAGUUUGGACGGUACAUGAUGAGGGAAGCAGUGAGCUUUGUUUGCACAUUUACUGCAAAUUAAGUAUAGAUAUGAGACAGUUUUAAACUAAAUCUAUGAUAGAAUGCACAUAUACUCUCUGACUAGUAUGUCAACAGAAGAACGAGGAGGUAGAACAGAUACAUUUUUGGUCCUUUAAUAAAGUCGAUGUCAUUUCUGCCCGAGAAUUUUAUUUAAAUAUAAAUAAAUACCUAUUUGCACUGCGCAUGAAAACCACUGAAAUUGCAUUCUCCUUGAGGACAUUUUGGUUUGUCAUAUAAAAAACAUAUUCAUUUUUUUCCUACAAUAUACAGCUCUUGUACUUAUUACUCCUAUGGGACUUUUUUGUGACUUUGCAGAAAAAAAAAAAAGUAUGACUAGAUACCUUAACAGAAGCUUAACAGGCUUCUUUAAGGUCAUUGCUUUAGUGAAGUGCAGUGACUUGCAUAUUGUCUCUGUUUAAUGUAUUUCAUGUAGGAUUUACAUGUUUUUGCCUUUUUGUUUUUAUUCCAGGAUUCAUCACACUUGUGAAUUAAGGCAUGCCUUUUUGUAAAUAAUCUGUUAAUAUAGGAUGUGAAGUGUUUGGACUAAUGAAUCUCAUGUAGUGAAGUUAAAUUAAUGCUUACCUUGAUGUUGUUUUGUACAUCUCUUACAUCGCUGGAAUCGUAUUGUAUUUCUAAAAAAGGUUUAAGUUUUAUUUAUUGUUUUUUUAAAGUUUUUUUUUUUUUUUUGAGAAUCAAUCAGGUUGAUAAAUGAGCUCUGAUGUAAUUCUGAAGCUGACAUGAGUUUUCUAUUUGUAGGACUGGUUACUGUAUGAUAAAGAUUUAUGAAUAUCCUAUGAUUUAAGAUUGUUAAGAUUUAAUGUUGUUAAUAGUAAUCAAUGAGAGAACAUACAAAGAAGUAUAUUGUCCAUUCAUUUAAGAAUCUUUGUGGUUGUAACUUAAAUGUACAUGUUCAAAUGAAUAAAUUCAGGUUUGGGGCUGUAAAGGCAGCUAC